AUGUUCUCGAGAGCGACGAAGGACCCUUUAACAGGGGAUUUGGAUACCCUUGCAACUCUGCAUCAUGUCAUGAGGUUUGUGCCAUACAACCGCCGCACCCUUUGCGCGAUGCGUUGUGUGUCCAAGCCCUACCGUUACGCCGUGCAGCACCCAAAGAGUCCGUGGGCUGACCGUGAGGAAAUCAUGAUAUCAAGUGAUUGCCACUGCAUUAUUUUCAACGCCAAGGAUGAUGAAGAGGGACGGUCCAACUUCUGCCUUAGCUCCGUCUCCCCUAUAGCCCGUAAGUUUAAGAUGUUAGGCGCGACGUUGCUGAGCCGCUACCAUCAGCGCGUGGCGGACGGCCUCACACGGCUCGUGUUGCACCACUCUAUGAUUGAUGUUGGGUUCUUUGACAUUCUGGCCCCCCUCACCAACCUGAGGGAAUUAGAGCUGGUGGCAUGUCGUGCAAUCACGUCCAUAGCGGAGGCCAGUCGCCUGGCAAACCUCGAAUCAUUAGAAGUACAUUUGUGCCCUCUCCAUCCUGACGGCGCCGUUGGACUGCUGCUCCCAAAGUUAAAGCGACUGAAACUGCAUUCGUGUUUUAAACUAAGUUCCCUCAACGGCAUUGCGGAACAAACAGCUGCUGCGUUAGAGGAGCUUUAUGUGGAGAAUUGUAACGUUUAUGACGACACUGCAAACGAAUUUUUUGCACACUUCACGCCGAAACUGCGUAUUCUGCACUUGCCUGGGACCCACAUUGACACCGCGCUCACGUUCAUACCCGAGGAGGUACGAGAAAAGGGGCUUACUUCCCUACACCUCCGCGAUACACCCCUACGCUUUGAGACAUUCUGCGAGUUGGCUCCAUCAUUACACGAACACCUGGAAUUCCUUUCAUUGGAGGGUUGCAAUGACCUAGAGAGCUACGAGCCUUUAGCGAGGUUAGAACAGCUCCGCUUCCUCGAUGUUUCGUCGUCGUACCAUGGCGAGGGCCUGCACUUUGCUGCGGCGUGCGCAAAACUUGAGCUCUUCCGUAUGGCGGAGGUACAAUUUGACAAUAUUAUGUUCCUCUCGUCGCUUCAGUCACUGCGUGUGCUGGACGCGCCAGGUUCUGGGCUUAAUGACCCGUCACUAAUGUUUCUCGAGCAUUUGCCAAUGCUCGAUACAGUUAUAUUGACUGGCUGCAUUCUCAUUACAAAUAUCAAUGUGCUGGCGAAAUGCCCGCGCAUCCGGCGCAUUUUCUGCGCCCGCACAGGAGUAACGAAUGAGGGAAUCUCGCAGCUGACCGAGUGUGCCGAGCUGGAGGAGCUUGAUCUGAAGUUGACGACGGUAACUGAUGUCAACUUCCUUGUAAGCUGCCCCACGCUGAAGUGCAUUAAUGUGUGCAGCGCGGUUAGUGGUAUUGAGGGGCUCCAAGCGCUUAUGGGCAAAAAGGGUCUUGAAGUGAUUUGCGAUUCCUUUGAUACGAGGGGCGACUUCGUCGACAUGUAG